UUAUUUAUUUUUUUAAUGUAAGAAAAAUCCAUCCCUUUUGCCUUGCUGUGUGAUUUUUUUUUUAGCCCUAGUGCUGCUGUACGGGAGCUGGAGACUCCAGUGCAGAAUGAAGGCCCCAUGUGCCAGGUAUAAGAUAAGAGCUAAUCCCUUCUUUGAAAAAAGCAUCAUCUGCAUAAGCAAGGCAGAUGCAGGCGAGUCUCAUCCAGUCUUCUGAGCCUAGAUCUAAGCACACAGAGAGCUUAACUGAUUUCCCCACUGGCGUGUCCCAAGCUUCUGCUCCCCCAGGAUGCCUUAAUACCCCAAUCAGCUGUUCUCCAAGGUUAAAGAAAUUACUUAACCCAAAAGGGCUGGCUGGGUCCUGGAAACCAAUCAUGCAGCCCACUGUUCCUCAAUAGCCCAAGGGGAGAACAAGUCAUCCACUGCCAAAUAUUUAUCUACCAGAAUAUGAGAGUGUUGUUUCUGCUGGGGGGAAUGUGGGGGGAUUGUGCUUAAGCCUUUAAUCAUGCCAUGAGUACUGAACAUUACGUCUCAGCUAGAACAGCCACAGGCUUGGUCUUGGCCAAGAGCUGGAGAAGCCAAGAGCCAGGAUUGUCCAUCCAUGCUUUUCCAACAGGGAGCAAGGCACAACCCGCCCCAUGAGCAGCCUGCACACAGCCCCACAUUAUCUUACCCAGCAGAAACUCAGGUUGACACCAUGUAUUGCACCAUCUCUGCAGAACCCCAUGCACGAGACAGUUCAGUAAGUCACUCUGCUGAAUGUCUCCACUAAUGCAAAGAAGAUAAGCAUUUUCAUGACAUGUCCCCUUGAAUAGUAGGGCACCUGGCCCUGACCCCCAGGUCUGUCUUCAUGGGCCGGAUCCUUCUCCAACCAGCUCUGCUUUGCCAAAAGCCCAUCCAGACAAGGACCUGCCAGGGAGAGGGAGAAUUAGACCCCUCUCUUACGGAGAUGACUUGCUCAUUUGGUUGCCUCAGCGGUACGUUCAUUUGGAAAACUAUUUUUGCUCACCAUGAAUGACUAAGCACAUUGGUUUGGGUGCUGGUGGCUUUUUCCUUUUUCCGCUCUUUCUUGAAUUUAUUUAUUUUUAGGUUCCUUUGGGAAGGAAAAGAAGUGGAGCGCAGACUGGAAGCUUAGAGGACAGGAGACGGAGAUCAAGGGAGAGUGGGGAGAUGGGUUUUUCUCCUGCAAGCCUCAGGCUACCUUACUGCUUACAGGGCUUAGCAACCCACUGAGGAAUUUUAUAGGAGGGAUAGGAAGGAGCAUUCAGGAGGCUGUGGGCUUUCUCCUUCAGAAAAACACAGGGUCAAGUCCUAGCAAUUGUUUCCCAGAGAGCUGGAGAAGGCUUUCAUAUGGAAGACUUUCUCACGGGUCUUACAGCACUUGGUUAUGAUACAGCCCACAUGUCUCUAACAAGAUUACAAGAGAGUUGCUUUGGGGCAGGAAACAUCCUUCUGUUCUAUUUGUCUCAUGCUUAGCACAAAGGGAUGUGGGCCUUGACACCACAGUAAUACAGAUGACUAUUCAUAGUCACUUCAGCUUUUAUUUGAAAGGAAAGUGGUCUAGGCUUCUGGUUGAGGGCUUGCAUGCAUGACCUUGAAGGACUGCCAGAAAACUGGAGGAGUGUUAAUACAGAAUAUUGAGGGGGUUUAUUCAUUAAGCCAUUUUUUUAAAGCCUGUUGCCUGAUUUUGAAGAGUCAUAUGAAUGGUUUUAGAACUGGUGGUGCUGUAUAUAUGCUAUUGUGAUACACAGUAAUAAAUCUCUCAUCACUCACACUUCACAUCAAGAAAGAUGAUGAAUUACCAAACCAAAGAUCCAAAAGUGCUCUGCAAACUAUAGGGCUGACCUGGUACCUGGAGAAGAGGAAAAGCAGCCAUCCAACCUCCCUGAACUUUGUCUGCUGCACAGCAGGGAACGUGUCCACCUCUGUUGAUCUGACAUUCCCCUACCCCACCCUGCUGCCUCCUCUUGCCUCCUCCAGAAGCCCUCUUUGACCUUUUGCUCUGCUCAUCCUCCAUCCCUGCCUGAUGUUAGGAAGAGGAGCAGCCCUACCUACACAACUUUCCCCAGGCAAAUGAACAGCGGGCUCAUCAGUAGCUCCUAUGAUAGGCACCAAUCUGCAUCCAAGGAGUUCCGUUGCUCCUCCUGAACCAGCUCUGCACAGCUGCGAGUUGCCUGGGAUUGUCCAAGCCCUUCAGAAAAGCUGAUGGAAGCUGGCUGCAGUUCUGCCUCUCCUGCAAACCUCUUAAUCCCACAGGAGCAUCAUUCUCACCCCAGCACUGCUUCUGCUUCUUAGCAGCAUCUUGGAGAGAAACCUGGGUCUCAUCACAGGCAGCUGUGGCACUAAUAAAACACUCUUUACUUUGGCAGCACCCAGCAGCACUUCAGCAGUGAUAAAUCCUGAACCAGAUGCAAUUUGUCCUUUUCUAACCAGCACAGGUUGGUUAAAGGACAGCGGGAUUAAACCGGCCUUGUAGAGACUGGACCUUCUCCAGUCUGGGAAUGCUGUGGACGUGCAAGACGUCCCCUCGCAGCACACUGACCCACGGGGAUGAACACAGGGUGUGUGCACCUACACGGGAGCCAAACCGGCCUGUGAACAGCAGAAUAAAUUACCAUCUUUAUUCCUUAGGUUUCCACCCGGGCCCAUGGGAACAAACACGCAGCGAGUCCCCACUGCAAAGGUCUCUGUGGGUGACGCAGGGGACAGUCGGGCAGAGCAUCCCCUCCACAGGACCAGGGAAGACGCUCGGCCGGGGCCCAGAAGAUGCCCUUCUCCAGUAAGGCAUUACGAGGAUGCUUCAAGCAGGAGGUGACGUCCCCGUGGGGCUGAGACACGGAGGAGCUCUCCUGCGCAGAGCAUGUUCGGGGGAGGGAAGAGAGGAAAGGGGCUGCAGGCUGAUCUUCCCAUUCCCUAUCACCCCCCCCUGCCCACCGCUAGUCCAUGGGUGCCCUCCCUCCCCCAUCCUUCCGCAACUCCAGCGCCGAGGAAGCCGAGCCGGAGGCAGUGCUGAGCCGGAUAUGCAGCGACUCCCCGCAUCCCUCCUUGGCAGAGCGCGGUGACGCCGCGGCAGCCACCACGGAGAGGACACAGGAUCCCCCCUUGGGCCCGCCGUGCCCCUUCGAGGGGGUGGCCUGGACCCCUCGCUCCCCCCAGGGCCCCCCGCAGGGCUGCUUCGCCUGCAUCGCCAAGCCCCCGGCUCUCCGGCAAGCUUCGCCGGUCCUGUCUCCUUCUUCUGCCGUUUAUCUCAUGGAGAGCAAGAGCUGCAAAGGGGACAGCCUGCGACCGGCGGUCCCGUGCAAGCACUCGGUGGAGAAGAAGACGAUGACCAACCCCACCACUGUCAUUGAGAUCUACCCUGACACCACCGAGGUGAACGACUACUAUCUCUGGUCCAUCUUCAACUUUGUAUACCUCAAUUUCUGCUGCCUCGGCUUUAUCGCCCUGGCCUAUUCACUGAAAGUCCGGGACAAGAAACUCCUCAAUGACUUAAAUGGAGCAGUUGAAGAUGCCAAGACAGCCCGUCUUUUUAACAUCACCAGCUCAGCCCUUGCCACUUUCUGUAUCAUCCUUAUCUUCAUCUUCCUGCGAUACCCCCUCACUGAUUACUAGAGUGAGGCCAACAGCAGUGGCCGCCGCCAAAAUGCCUCUAUGCCAGAAGUGUCUGCAGUUGUUUCUUGUAGCAAGGACGCAAAAGAAUAAAAACAAUAAUCCACCUUGAUUGCAAAAAAA